GUCAACAACAGGAGAAGGUCUGUGCUGCAGAAAUCUUUAAAACAGUUCAUCAAGGCAAAAUGGAUUAUUUAGAUGAUUAUGAAUUAGACUAUAACUACACUUCCGAAAACAAUAUCACUCCACACGAGGAGCUAGUUUUUCGGCACAAAUCGACUUGUUUAAAAGAAGGGUCAUGUAUGUCUUUGCUCUUGGUCAGCGUGGUCAUUUUUCUGCUGGGCUUCUUUGGAAAUGCUUUGGUCAUCUGGAUUUCUGGCUUCAAGAUGAAGAAGACGGUCAACACAACCUGGUACCUGAGCCUUGCGAUCUCCGACUUUGUCUUCUGCGCCUUCCUCCCAUUCAACAUCGCCCACAUGGUGAUGGAGGAGUGGAUCUUUGGCCACUUCAUGUGCAAAUUUGUCCCCUUCAUUAUGUUCCUCAACAUGUUCAGCAGCAUCUUCCUCCUGGUUGUCAUCAGCGUUGACCGCUGCGUGUCAGUGGUGUUUCCGGUUUGGGCCCAGAACUGUCGCACUGUCAAAAAGGCAUCCAUUGUUGUUUUUGUGGCCUGGCUUCUCGCAAUCGCACUGAGCUUUCCCUCUGUGAUCUUUCGGGAUGUUGGCACUCACCUGGGUAGGACCAUUUGCUUGAACAAUUAUACGUCAAACCAACACAGUCACAAGAUUGUGGCAGGGAGCCGCUUCCUUGCAGGGUUUAUUGUCCCGUUCACCAUCAUCAUCAUCUGCUACUCUGUCAUCAUCCUCAGACUUCGAACCAGCAGGAUGACUAAAUCCUCCAAACCACUCAAAGUCAUGACUGCACUCGUGGCUGCUUUCUUCAUCUGCUGGCUGCCCUAUCACGUGUUCAUCCUGCUUGAGCUGGACCACCAAAACCUUGACCAGGGCAUUUUAAUCAUUGGACUCAAAGUAGGCACUUCUUUGGCAGCGGCGAACAGUUUCCUCAACCCAGUGUUGUAUGUUUUCAUGGGCAAUGACUUCAAGCAGAAGUUCAAGAGCUCUGUGCUCUCAAAGAUGGAGAACGCGAUGGGAGAUGAAGGCCGCACCACCAGCCGAUACCUGUCCAGGUCCAGCUCCAUGGACGCCAGAGCUUCUACACACAUCUAGAGGCAUCACUCCAAAGCUGUCUCACUCAGUGCACUCACCUGUACAAAAAAUACUUCAAAUGUGCAAUUAAUUGCUGUAACACACGUUAUGGAAUAUGUUGUUGCUUGUGAUAACACACUCGUGUUGCAUUUUUAUUCUGUUGGCCACAUAGAGAAAUCUGUUACCAGUUUAGGCUCACAAACAGAUAAUGAGGUUAAAGAUCUACAAGCUUGCGCCAAUAUCUUAACAUGUGCUAAGUUCAUUUUUACAUGGCACAAGGAUGACAUCAAUUUCAUCCAGCAGGUGUAUUUUCAGAGUAGUAUUUGCAAAAGUUUUGUAGGCAAUUAUAACUGUAAAUGUAGUUGUAAAAUAAGACUGUAAAAUAUGAGGUAUAUUUUCUGAUAAUAUACACAGUAUAUGUAUAAUCAUUAUAUUAAGUAUUGUCUGUAAUUAUAUUAAGAAAAAGAAACACUUCCAUUGCCUUUCACAAGUGCAAUUUUGUGUGUAUUUGGAAUCUAAAAUGAUGGCAACAUCACCUUUCACAAAUGUUUGUUGAAUGCAUGUUGAAGAUACAUUUUUGAGUCUUGCAGGGCUCUUGCAUCGAUUGUAUUUGCUUUGAUUAGUGACACAUGUCAAAAUUUAACAGGAAGUAAAAUAAUCUUAUGUUUCAAAUCACAGCUUGUAUGUUGCAAAUUUGCUGGAAGGGGCUCGAGGUUGAUUGAUUGUUAUAAAGUUUUCAUCUACUUCCUUGACCUCUGAACUAAAAUAAUAAGCACACUGGCAUACAAGAAUUAACACAUGGAGUUUCUUUGUCAUGCACAUAAACCUCAAUUGUCGUUCCACCGGAAAAGGAAUAUCUGAGGUUUUAUUUACUGAUACCACAGUACGUAACUAUUUGUGUGUUGUAGCAUUUAUGUAUGUUAUAUCAGACUGACCCAAAUACAAUGUGCAAAUAGGUGGAGGACUUGCUGCUGAGAUAUAUGCAGUGAAGUCUCAUGAAUAAGAGGAGUACAGAAAUAGCUGGUGUCUUUCACAGCUCUGCAUACUAUACAGUGUAUAGAGUGAGAUGAUUGUAUUUGUGAAUCAGUACAUACAACACAUACCCAGCUGUUAUUAGCAGUUACCAAUGGACUUGUAUUUCUGUUGUUUCAUGUGUGACAGCUGCACAGUGAAUGCUGUUUGUGCAAUAAAUGUUUUUUUCCCUCCUUGUUUGUGUUUUCUGAAAUAAAGAUGUAACUAUUAGAA